AUGUCCAAGUGUCACCUCUGCCACGAGCGCCCGCCAGCCCUGAAGCGGCCGAAGGACGGCUCGUUCGUGUGUAAGCAAUGCUUCCUUGACAUCUUCGAGGAGGAGGUGCACCAGACCAUCGUGUCGAACAAGCUCUUCCGCCCUGGCAUGCGCGUGGCCAUCGCCGCGUCCGGCGGCAAGGAUUCGACCGUGCUGGCGCACGUGCUCACCCGGCUGGACGCGCGCCACCAGUAUGGCGUGCACUUCUCGCUUCUUUCCAUCGAUGAGGGCAUCGCCGGCUAUCGGGAUGACUCGCUGGCGGCGGUCCGGCGAACUGCCGGCCUGCCGCCAUUGGAUCCCCUGGGCCUUCCGCUGGAGGUGGUGUCCCAUGCGGAGCUCUUCGCCGGCUGGACCAUGGAUCGGGUGGUGCAGACCAUCGGUCAGAAGGGCAACUGCACCUAUUGCGGGGUCUUCCGCCGCCAGGCGCUGGACCGUGGCGCGGCCCGCUUGCGCGCGGAUCUGAUCGUCACUGGCCACAAUGCGGAUGACAUCGCCGAGACCGUGCUGAUGAACCUCCUCCGUGGGGACAUCGCACGGCUGACGCGCUGCACGGCCAUCGUCACUCACACGUCCGGGUCCGAUGGCCCGGGCGAUGUGCCGGUGGUUCCACGGUGCAAGCCCCUGAAGUAUGCUUACGAGAAGGAGAUCGUCAUGUAUGCCUUCUUCCGGCGGCUGGACUAUGUGGCCACCGAUUGCGUGUACUCUCCGCAUGCGUACCGCGGCCAUGCGCGGGUCUUCCUCAAGCAGCUGGAGACAGCGCGGCCGAGCGCCAUUUUGGACAUCAUCCACAGUGGCGAGGCGCUGACGACCGCCCGGCAGGGCACUCGCCUGCCCACGCAGGGGGUCUGCUCCGUAUGCGGGCACGUUUCGAGCUCGCGCGUGUGCGCCGCCUGCCAGUUGGUCGACCGUCUGAACACCUUCGAGAUUCCUGCCGUCAUGGACGAUGCGAUGCCCAGGUAG